AUGGUAGAAGCAGCGUGCUCUAUGGCUACCGUAUUUGUUCGUCACGGACAGGAGCCGUUUCCCGGACCUGACAAUCAGUCGAAGAUGAAGCGUUCUGUCGAGAAUGUGGAACAUGUCGGCCUCUUCAUCCCCACUGCGGGCCAUCACUUCCGUGAGGCCCAACGCACCGCCAGUUGGGGUGAAUAG